AUGGUAAGCGGUCUUGCAGUACUCAAUCUAAGGAGAAACAACCUUGUUGGCAGCAUUUCUGAUAACUUUCCUGGAAAUUGUAGUUUGGAAACUCUAGACCUCAAUGGAAAUCGGCUAGAAGGCAAGUUUCCAAAAUCUCUAGCCCAGUGCGCCAAGUUAGAGGUUUUGAACCUUGGGAACAAUCAGAUGACAGAUUCAUUUCCCUACUUGUUGAGAAACAUAUCCUCCUUGCGUGUUCUUAUUCUGCGGUCCAACAAUUAUUUUGGGAGAUUUGAUUGUCACAAGACUAAUGGCACCUGGCCAAUGCUUCAAAUUAUUGAUCUUGCUAACAACAGUUUUACUGGAGAUAUUCCAGGAAAUUGUUUGACAACAUGGCGCGCAAUGAUGGUUGAUGGAGAUGCUUCACCAUCAGUUCUGAACCAAGCUAAAUUCCGGGUGUUUCAGUUCAGUGAGCUGUAUUAUCGGGAUGCAUUAACUAUCACCAGCAAAGGUCUAGAGGUGGAGUUGGUAAAGAUUCUCAAUAUCUAUACAUCAGUUGACUUUUCUUGCAACAAAUUCAGUGGAUCGAUACCUAAGGAAAUGGGAGGACUCAUAUCACUCUAUGCUCUCAACUUGUCCAGUAAUACUCUCACUGGUGAAAUUCCAUCAUCAUUGGCUAACUUGAAACAGCUCGAGUCCUUGGACCUCUCAAAGAACAACCUAAGUGGGCAAAUUCCGGAAGAGUUUGCAAAACUUAACUUCCUUUCAUCCGUGAAUCUCUCUUAUAAUCAACUUGUUGGAUUGAUCCCAACCAGUACUCAGUUUUCAACACUUCCAGCAUCUUCAUUUGAAGGUAAUAAAGGUUUAUGGGGGCCUCCAUUGACAGGAGAUAACAGAACUGGGAUGCCACUGCCAACAAAUAACGGAAGUCAUUCACAUGUUAGACAAGAGAUUGAUUGGGAUUUUGUUAGUGCUGAAAUUGGAUUUGUAUCUGGCUUUGGAAUUGCCAUCGGGUCACUUUUGUUCUGCAAGAAAUGGAGGAAAUGGUAUUACAGAGCUAUGUAUAGCAUACUUGUUAAGAUAUUUCCUCAGCUGGAACAAAGAUUGGGUAAUCACAGAAGACAUGUUUACAUCAAUCCGAGGUGGAGAAGCUGA